ACCUGCCUCCCGCCCCUGCCGCGCCUCCUCACUCGCACUCGGCUCGGCUCGACUCGACUCACUCGGUUCAGUCGACUGCGAUGUACCGCUGUAAGCACACCUGUUGCCGACGGAGGCGCGGCUAGCCCGGCUAGCCGCAGCUGUCUGUCCUGUCCGAACCAAAGCCUGCAGCGCGCGGCCAGCCCGCCUCCUCCGGCCCAGGUGUGAGGUCAAGUAGUGAAAAUGGAAGUGGGAGAGAGUAAUUUCUUGUUUGUCGCUUGUAACACUGAGUUUUGCGAGAACAACACGGACUUUUCUGUGACGCAGACCUCUAAAGGCGCAGACUGCCUAAUCUAUGAUAAUUUUAAAUUUCGCCGCGUUCGUCGCGCUGACAAAACAACGUCUACAUGGAGGUGUUGCCAGAGACAGUGUGCAGCUCAACUCACAACAGACACUUCCCUAUCUAGGAUCUUAGGGAGGAGGGGGGAGCACGUUCACGGCGCCCUGACUGACAGAGCCAAGGAGGUUGUUUUGGUGUCCGCGGCCUGCAAGCGGGCGCAGAUGGAGGCGUUGGAGAGUAAGCCUGGAAAGAUCCUUAAAAGUGAAUUUGAGAACCGCGACCAUGUUUUGAAAUCAGAUAUGAAGAGAAUUGCAAGGCGAAUGUACCGGGUCAAACAGAAGCUCCUGCCGACGCGCCCGCGGCAACCUGACGCGGGACUUGGAGCCGCCCAGCAGUCUGGCGACGAGCUCACCGCGACAGCCUCGCCUGCGACCACAUCUAAACCUUGCCCCUCGUCCCGCAGGAUGGAGACGGCGUGCCUGCGGCCGCAGGAGCCGUACGGCCCGUGUGACGGCCGGGGCGCGGGCCCGGGGGCGGCGGGGGCGGCGCUCGCCAUGAAGCACGCCACGUUCCCGCGGUCCGCGCGCACCGAGAGGGACUCGCCGAGGAAGCCGCCCACGCAGCAGCCCUCGUGCGACUGCUGUCCCUACGGCUACCACAUCGACCUGGACUUCGUGCGCUUCUGCGAGCGGCUGGCGGGCGCGGGCGCGGGGUCGCCGACGCACGCCGCCACCAAGGCGCGGCGCCGGGAGCGGCGGCGGCAGCGCCAGUCCAUGGACGUGCUGCUGGGGCUGGCGGCGCCGCCAGAGCAGCCGCAGGUCUGGGUCAUCGAGCAGACCAUGCCCCAGAUGCCGCCGUCGCCCGUGUCGCUGCCGCCGCACGCGUCCAUCCUGGUCCGCGACGCCCUGCAGCGCGCCGUCCGGGACUUCGAGGAGACCCUGGAGCGCUCGACGCCGGCCCCCGUGCCGCUGUCGCCGGCCCCGGCGCCUCCAGUGCCGCCCAGGAUACCGCCGCGGCGCUACCAGAUCGGUAAGGACGACUCUCCGAAUGGAAUGCCCCCCGAGGCCGGACCUAAGUCCUUAGCCUCUGGUCUUACCCUGCGCUUCUCGGAGCUCGACCCUCUUUAA